UACUCCAUAAUCACUAACGAUGAGGCUUUGGUUCGCGUUGGCAUUCAGAAGCAAUGGCGUCGCCCACUGUCAACUUUGAAACGGUUACACGUUUAUUAGAUGACUCUAUUUCAAAUCUGGGGUUUGAAAGUCACCCACUAAAGAUCGGCUGGUACAACGACGUACUGCCCGCCUCUCUGCGCCAGCCCCAUCAUGAGGACACCUUGGCUGUGGUGGUACUCAGCACACCUGACAUGUUUGAAAGAGCAUUCCUGCCUUUUAUGGAGAAGGGAUGCUGUCAGGGUGUGUCGGACCCGAUAGACCAAUGUGUCAAACACACCAUCAACUCUGCUAUCUCACAGUCUUUCCCGGGAAAGAAGGUGGAGGUGAGUUACGACUAUGAGAUGCUUCCCGCAAGCAGGAAGCCAAAGUUCCUGGCUCAGACAGCUGCCCAUGUGGCUGGAGCGGCCUAUUAUUACCAAGAAGCAGAUGUCACAGACCACCCAUGGGGUGACAAGAAAAAGUUUGGGGUGUGUAUUCAUCCCCGGUUUGGGGGCUGGUUCGCCAUCAGAGCCCUGUUGGUGUUUGAGGGUGUGCAGGUGGGGUGUGAGGUCCUGCAGCGCAGCCCUCCUGACUGUGUUCCUUCCAGAGAGGCCAGGAUUCAGCUUCUGGAGGACUUCAACCUCCGCUGGCAGGACUGGAAAUAUAGAGAUAUCAUCCCUCCAGUCCAGAGAUACUCCCAGAGGCAGAGGGACUACUUCUCCACCCGCCCGGCCCAGCGCCCUGCUUUGCUCCAGGAAUGGGGCUUCCUUCAGAAGGAGGAGGGCGGAAGCCAGCUGGAACCCCCGGCCUCGGGGUCCCCUAUCCCCCACAGUGGGCACGGUUGAAUGAACCACGGUCGGACCGUCCACGCCGGGUCUCUUCUCCUAAUUGCACUACACGUCCAUACUGCUGCAUAAUGCAGUGCCUUCUCAUACUGCUUCUGAUUGGGAUUAUAUACUAUACAUCUGUACAAAAUUAGAUUGCUUUGUAAAAUAUCAGUCGUAUAGCCGGGACAUGGCCCCCAGCACUCUAGUUGGACCCCAAGAGACUGAUUAUGUUUUGUGACUUGAUGUUAAAACCCUUUUUUUUUUCACUUUCAAAAGGGUAAGUGCCUGAUAAUGUUGUUUUAGACAGUAUUUACCGUCAACUGUCAGCAUCUGAAACAACGAAAAAUAUGGUAUGAAUGAUGCAAAAAACAUAAUUUUUUUAAUGGUACAUUUCAUUACUAUCCAAAGCAAGAGGAAUAAAGGUCAGAGUGUUAAUGACUGGUUGAUUACGUCAGCACUAAUUUACCAUCUGGGAUGAAUGAAGUAAAUCCUACCUCAUAGGACGGCUCACCAGAGGAACUCAAGAUUACACAUUUACUGUUAAUACUCUAGAUGUCACUGUUUUCCUUUUGAUAAUCCACCUGGCGUACUACACGGAAUUCCUUGUAAGAUAUGAGUGUCAGACAAAAAUAUAUAUAUUUUAGAACGUCAAUGUUCUCAAUGUUAUUGAGUCUCUUAAGGCAUUAAUUGAAAGGCAUCAUUCCUGCUUGCCAAUUAGCCCCCCCAUCUCCCCCCAUGUAAUUAAAAACUCAUCACUUUUUAA